CAUCUACUCAGCAUGAAGCUGUUCGUGUUCGCCGCCGUUCUGGCCGUGGCAGCCGCCGCUCCGUCUGAUUCUGCUUACGAAGGGGACAUCAUCGAGAUUCUCAGACAGAACAUCGACCACAACGACGACCACUCUUACCAACAGUCUUUUGAAACUGAGAACGGCAUCUCGGUGUCGGAGUUUGGCCAGACGGAGGAUGACGACAGCUACAGUGUGAGCGGCCAGUUCAGCUACGUGGCCCCCGACGGCGUCACCUACACCGUGGUGUACUCGACAUAUGAAGCUCCCGCUGAGGAGGAGGAGGAGGAGGAUGAGGAAGAUGAGGAGGAGGAUGAGGAAGAUGAGGAGGAGGUCCGUGCUUCCUACGAGCCUCAGUAUGAGCGUGUGAUUGUCGGCUACAGGCCUCGCUACAACUAG